AUGACCCCGAAUCCUCACAACAGUCGAACACCGGUAGCAAAGUCUGUCAUAGACACAUCUAAGCACCAAAAUAAUGAGGAAUAUCACGAAGGAAGAAAAGAAGGGCAUCGUGCAGUGAAAGCAGAAAGCAUAGAGACAACCGUUAGGAGAGAAGACAACAUGCUUGACAAGAGCGAAGAGCUGGGUGAGGCCUUAUUACUGCUGCUACAAAGCCUCACAAGUGAUUUGCAACAUGACUUGCAACAUGAAAUGCGAGAGGACAUACAGGCGCAACUGCAUUACAUCGAGGGGGCUACAUCCCAGUCUGAAAAGUAUCUUGUGGCAGUAGCAGACCGAUUGGCGGCAGACCUUGUUGAGACUAAGAGGCGAAUGGACGCAGACUUGAGACAAACACACCAGGCAUUCAGAGAGGCAAUGUCGAUCUCUUCAGAAAACAAUGUUUCACCGCGACCUGGCUAUCUGUCCUUCUGA